GCGUCCUUUGGGAAGGGUUGGAACCGAGGGCUCGCGCGGCCGCCCUCCCUUCGGUGCUCUCGGCAGAUAGUCGCAAACGGGGCCGGAAAGCGUGGCGGCGCAGGCGCAGGCUCAGAGAGUGGAGGCGGCGGUGGUGGCUGCCACUGGCCAGUGUAAGAUGGCGGCGGCGUUGGUGGUGGCAGUGGAUGGGGCGGCUGGGCCUGGAACAGUCGGAGCAGCCCCUGGCAGAAGGAUGACCCAAGGCGGGAAGCAGGCUGCUGAGUCUCGCCGGCUCCGAUGCCUGUAACUGCCCCAGCCGGACACCCCUCUGACUUAACCGGCUGCUUACAGUAAACAUCAUUCAAGAUGUCCAGCAAAGGGAGCAGCACAGAUGAUAGAACAGACUUAGCUAAUGGAAGCCUAUCUAGCAGUCCAGAGGAGAUGUCUGGAGCAGAAGAGGGGAGGGAGACAUCCUCAGGCAUUGAAGUGGAGGCCUCAGACUUGAGUUUGAGUUUGACUGGGGAUGAAGGUGGCCCCAACCGUACCAGCACAGAAAGUCGUGGCACAGACACGGAGAGCUCAGGUGAAGAAAAGGACUCUGACAGUAUGGAGGACACUGGUCAUUACUCCAUCAAUGAUGAAAGCCGAGUUCAUGACCGCUCCGAGGAAGAGGAAGAAGAGGAGGAAGAAGAACAUCCUCGGCGCCGUGUACAGCGCAAGCGGGCCAGCCGUGACCAGGACUCAUCAGAUGAUGAGCGGGCCCUGGAAGACUGGGUGUCCUCAGAGACAACAGCCCUGCCAAGACCUCGCUGGCAAGCCCUUCCUGCCCUUCGGGAGCGGGCACUGGGCUCAAGUGCUCGCUUUGUGUAUGAGGCUUGUGGAGCAAGAGUCUUUGUACAGCGUUUCCGCUUGCAGCAUGGGCUUGAGGGCCAUACCGGUUGUGUCAACACCCUGCACUUUAACCAGCGCGGCACCUGGCUGGCCAGUGGCAGCGAUGACCUGAAGGUGGUGGUGUGGGAUUGGGUGCGGCGGCAGCCAGUGCUUGACUUUGAGAGUGGUCACAAAAGUAAUGUCUUCCAGGCCAAGUUCCUUCCCAACAGUGGAGAUUCCACCCUGGCCAUGUGUGCCCGGGAUGGACAGGUUCGGGUAGCAGAACUGUCUGCCACACAGUGCUGCAAGAAUACAAAGCGUGUGGCGCAGCACAAAGGAGCAUCCCACAAGUUGGCCCUGGAACCAGACUCUCCCUGUACGUUCCUGUCUGCAGGUGAAGAUGCAGUUGUCUUUACCAUCGACCUGAGACAAGAUCGGCCAGCUUCGAAACUGGUGGUGACAAAAGAAAAAGAGAAGAAAGUGGGAUUGUAUACAAUCUUUGUGAAUCCCGCCAAUACCCAUCAGUUUGCAGUGGGUGGCCGAGAUCAGUUUGUAAGAAUUUAUGACCAGAGGAAAAUUGAUGAGAACGAGAAUAAUGGAGUACUCAAAAAAUUCUGUCCUCAUCACUUGGUGAACAGUGAGUCCAAAGCAAACAUCACCUGUCUUGUGUACAGCCACGACGGCACAGAGCUCCUGGCCAGUUACAAUGAUGAAGACAUUUACCUCUUCAACUCCUCUCACAGUGAUGGGGCCCAAUAUGUUAAAAGAUACAAGGGCCACAGAAAUAAUGCCACAGUAAAAGGUGUCAAUUUCUAUGGCCCCAAGAGUGAGUUUGUGGUGAGCGGUAGUGACUGCGGGCACAUCUUCCUCUGGGAGAAAUCAUCCUGCCAGAUCAUUCAGUUCAUGGAGGGAGACAAGGGAGGCGUGGCAGCCUCUGUGGAGAGAGGGCAAAAAGGAAGAGUGAGGAUUGAGACAGGUCUGUUGGUGAUCAGAUAUCUUGGCCUAGAAGUUCUGUCGGCUCCCCCUGCAGCUCCAAUUCAGGUAAACUGUCUUGAGCCCCAUCCACAUCUGCCUGUGCUGGCAACCAGUGGCCUAGACCAUGAUGUGAAGAUCUGGGCACCCACAGCUGAAGCCUCCACUGAGCUGACAGGGUUAAAGGAUGUGAUUAAGAAGAACAAGCGAGAGCGUGAUGAAGACAGUUUGCACCACACUGACCUGUUCGAUAGCCACAUGCUCUGGUUCCUUAUGCAUCACCUGAGACAGAGACGCCAUCACCGGCGCUGGAGAGAACCUGGGGUUGGGGCUACAGAUGCGGACUCUGAUGAGUCUCCCAGCUCCUCAGACACUUCGGACGAGGAGGAGGGCCCGGACCGGGUCCAGUGCAUGCCAUCCUGAGGCCUCACCCCUAGGAGGGCCGGGUUGGGGCUGCCAACCCAAUCCUGCCUGGGCACCCCUUGCCUGUCCCGGGCCCUUGCAUUCAACAGAAACGCACUUUGGACCUUUUAUUUAGAUAAAAGAAAGACAUCCCCAGAGGACAGACCUGAGAGAAAUGAACCAACAGAGAGCACCUAGAAGUGGGAGUUGAGCCCUGGAAUGGGGUUCUGUGGCGAAAUGCAAAGGACUCGCAGAAAUUGCCUCUCCCUGAAGCCUUUUUUCUGGGGGAGAGAGAGCCUAUUUUGUUAACUGGUUUAGGAUGGGGAAUGGGGCUUCUUUUUCUUUAUAAUCUCCCUUGUUUCUUUUGAAGGGGGUGUGAGGGGAACAACUGGUUGUUCAGAACCAAGGGGCCAGAGUGGAGGGCAGGAUUGCCACUCUCUCUUUGGCUUUAAGGUUUUGACCUUUUUUUGUUUUUAAAAGUCUAUGAGUUUCAUUGGUUCCCCGCCACACACCAGCAACCCCACCCCAGGAUCCUGUUUUUCUGAGAAUCCUUAGAGCCCCUACCAUCCCACACUCUUCACUGUCCUCUCCACUUCAUCCUCUGUACUUAGCACAGUGUUUUGCACUUGACUAUGUAUCCUUCACUCUCUUCUCAUCAUCCCAUCAGCCCCUAAAUAGGGCUGGUGAGAGAGACUGAAGAGGUGGAUGGAGGGGCAGGGAUGGAGGAAGAAUAGGAAGGAUGUUACCUCUUAUGUUAUUUUUAAAAAAAUUAUUUGGUGGCAGCAAUCUACCUGUCCCUAUCACUGUUAGAGGCCUAAUUUUAUAUCUAUAAAUAUAUUAAAAAGCAAGCCAAACUUGGAUGUACAAGUUAAAAUUAUUGUCAAAGUUUAAAUACCUAUAUAUUCUCUAUGAAUGCAAUAAAGGGACUUGAAGGAAGAAUGAGCAAGAGUACUGAUACAGAGGUCACACCUGCGGUCAUCUUCCCCUUUACAAAUGACCAGUAAAGCGUGGGGCUCACCCUUACGUGUUAGGAGGCUCAAGAAUGGAAGAAUCCUCACUUCUGCCCUUCCCUGUCUUGAGGAGUUGGGAAAGGCAAGAAAUUCAACUCUGUCUCAGAUCUCCUACCUCUCCUUAAGUCUUGUGGGAAGCUCCCAGGAUGGCUCUUGUAACCAGAGGCUGGUCUGUCUGUGAAGCACCUCAGGAAGGACACUGCCAUGGCAGACUCUUUCUUGGUACUGUGUGUGACAGAAGGCACACACUUUUACCUUUAGCUGCUUUUUUUUUUUUUUUAAGCCAUCCAGUUCUACACACUAGCAACCCUUCCUAAUGAAAGAUUGAAAGAACUUCCUAGGAUUGACUUUAUGCUUGUCAGCCUCUUGAUAUCUUGGGAUUGAGGACAUGUCAAUAAUUGAAGGAUUGAUUCUGGUGGCUGGGGCUUGAAAGUCCCAGUUGAAUUCUUUCACUUAAAUGCUCUUGCUGCUAUUUCUUUGCCCCCAACUUCCACAAGAUCCAGUCAGGAAUUCUGCAUCCUGGGAAAGUUGGAUUCUACUAACGCAGGCCAAGAAGGAGGGGGAAAGAGUAAGAAGAUGGUAUUCCCAGACACUCCUUCCUUCCUUCCUCUUUUCCUAGCAGCUCUCAGACCAGAUGUUAGUUACUGCGCUUCCGUCCUGAGGUAGGGAAUGUGUAGUGAUUGAGUGUUCUGUGCUAGUGGGGUGAUGAGGUAAGCUGAAAACCAUGCACUCUGGAAUUUGUUGUAUUUUCUCAGUAAAGCUUUUCCCCUCGACUGCU